AUGCCUGCUCCCGCUGGUCCAUCUCGGGCCAGCAACAAACCCAAGGCCAAGAGGAGGAGGUCGGCAUCGUCGUCUGACGACGAUUACACCCCUCUCCCUUCCCGCCGUCCUCCCCGCCGCCCCCCCACCUCACGUCGCGAGCGCGACUCCAGCUCGCCUGAAGUCGAGCUCGAUGACGUCUUCUUGGCUGUUGACGCCAGCCGCCGUCAACCUCGGGCUAUGUCGAAGACCCACUUCGACUACGUGCCCGAGCGGGAUGCUGAGGGAAAUCUGGAGCGCCGGUCCACCAGGGCAGACGCCAGGCAUUCCCCCCUGGCUCCCCACCUUCCCCUCCCCGGCCCUCUCUGUCCCCGUCGGUCCUCACUGUCAGCAUCCCUGGUUCUCCAGCAGCCGGACGAUCCCGAGGAUUUCCGCCACGCCAUCAAGGCGUGGCUGGACGGCAGUGGACCUGCGCUCCACUUCUCUGACGACAUCGUCACCCCCGGCAGCUCGGUGCCGGUGAAAGUGGAGAAGGUGCUCAAUGUGUACCAUUGCAUUGUGCACACAUCCGCUUCGCCAGAUCUCGUGCGCCAGAUCUGCCCACUCCUCCGUGCAGCGAAAUCGCCAGAUUUUGCUUGCACCCCCUGCCCGUGCCCUCUCCACAUGGGGCACAAUGUCCGCCACACCCCUUGGACCUACAACAGUGCUAAGAGAGGCGGGCUAGACCUCGUGGCGCUCCUCACCAUGUUGGCGAUUCUGGAGCACGGCCACGACAACGGCGAGGUCGACAGCAUCACCGCGUUGAUGUGCCGCGUUUCGGAGCACCAUCGUGCAUCUGCGAGGCGCACGUACAUUUCCGAUGCCGACAAGAUCCGCGAGCUGGCAGACUGGAAGACAGUGAAAGAGGCUCUGGGAGGUAAGGGCCCUUGGGCCGCCCAACUUCCACCCUCAGACAUUGAGAGGGAAGUUUCCCGUUUCUCGCCACGUGCCUCCAAAACCAUUGUCGAUGACAGCCACGAACUGCUUACGGUGGCCAUUGACACCAUCCGGUUGUUCGAGCGGGCCGAGAUUGCGCGCCUGCCAGCGCUGGGUCACGCUGCUGUCAAGAUCCCACGAACAGCCGCCUGCUACCGUCGGUUCCGCAAAGCGGCCAACCCAACCGAGAAGCCGCCGAAACGUCGUGGAAAGGCCCGUGGUCCCCAGCAAGAUUACGUGUGUUACAACCCGCAGUGCCAGAAGCGGAGCGACAACACCAGUCGCUGGUCUGCGGUCCCCGGGAUCCCCGUGUCCCAGGCGCCUUUUACUGUCGCACUGUCGCAGGUGUGA